AUGUGGAGGCAUCAGGGAGUUACGGCUAAAGAGAUGCUCACUGCAAGAACCACCAAUGGGAACAAAGCAUUCCUCUCUUUCAAAGAAAUUUGUGAUUGGGGUCAGUGUGGGCAUAGCUUUGCUUUUUUGCUGUUCACAACAUCAUUUUUUCUACGCCGGUUCAGAAAAAGAAAGAGAACCCUUGAGACCAAUGAUUCUACUCCUUUCACUUUGGGGGCCUUUCAUGAAAACAUAAGUUAUGGAGAUCUUCAAAAUGCAACAGAUGGCUUCUCUUCGAACAAUUUGAUUGGGUCAGGUAGUUUUGGUACUGUGUUUAAGGCAUUGCUCCCUCCGGAGAACAAAGUUGUUGCGGUGAAAGUUCUUAACAUGGAGAAACGUGGAGCAAUGAAGAGUUUUAUGGCAGAAUGUGGAUCCCUCAAGGACAUAAGGCAUCGUAAUCUUGUGAAACUAUUGACGGCUUGCGCUAGUAUUGAUUUCCAUGGUAACGAAUUCAGAGCUCUCAUUCUCAUAUAUGAGUUCAUGCCGAGUGGAAGCUUGGAUAUGUGGCUGCACCCUGAGGAAGUCGAAGAGACUCGUAGGCCCUCGAGAACCUUGACACUUCUUGAAAGAUUUAAUAUUGCCAUAGACGUCGCUUCUGUUCUGGACUACCUUCAUGUUAAUUGUCAUGAGCCUAUAGCUCAUUGUGAUCUUAAGCCAAGCAACGUCCUUUUAGAUGAUGAUCUAACAGCCCAUGUUAGCGACUUUGGUCUGGCUCGUCUUCUCCUCAAAUUCGACGAGGAUUCCUUCUUCAACCAAUUAAGCUCGGCCGGGGUCAGAGGAACCAUCGGCUAUGCCGCACCAGAAUACGGAGUGGGAGGACAACCAUCGAUAUUUGGUGAUGUGUAUAGCUUUGGGGUUCUCGUUUUGGAAAUGUUUACUGGAAAAAGACCAACCAAUGAGUUAUUUGGGGAAAACUUUACCCUCCAAAGCUACGCCAAGUUGGCGUUGCCUGAAAGAGUACUGGACAUUGCAGACAAAUCGACUCUUCAUGUUUUUCUGUGUAAAACAUAUGAAUCUUUGCUUGUUUUUCUGUGUAAAACAUAA